AGUUGUAAGCGCGCGCGCGCAGCGGCAGUCGGAUCCGGAUCCGCUCGGAGGAGCUUCGGCGGGAACGCGGCGCUUUCGGACGGAAAAAUAACACAUUUAGUCGGAUUUCUUUCCGGACGUUGUGAGGAGUCGCGUGGGCGCUGCGGGAUUCCAGCAUGUCCUCGGCGGCGGUCGCUCCCUCCAGGCGGCAGUCGUGCUAUCUGUGCGACCUGCCGCGGAUGCCCUGGGCCAUGAUCUGGGAUUUUACCGAACCGGUCUGCCGCGGCUGCGUGAACUACGAAGGAGCGGACCGGAUCGAGUUCGUUAUCGACACGGCCCGCCAGCUGAAGCGGGCGCACGGCUUCCAGGAGGGCCGGUCCGCGGGCCUCGGAAAGCCCUCGGGGAAAGAGGACCCAGGAUCCCGGCCGCCGCAGACUUUGGACCGCUACCCGCUGUCCGAUCGCCCGCCGCGGCUCGGACCCGAGUUCCAGGCGGGACGGCAGCCCAACGGCCUCUCGCUGGCCAACGGCUAUCCCAAACCGGACGAGCCUCCGGAGCUGAACCGCCAGAGCCCGAACCCCCGCAGGACUAGCACGGUUCCUCCCAGCCUGGUGCCCGGUCUGCUCAGCGGCGGGAUUCCGACCCUGCACGGGCUCAACGGACGCCCGGUUCCCGGGGUUCUGGGUGCCCCGGGUCCGGCGGAGCACGGCAAGCGUCCGGACGACCCAAAAGAGAAACCGGACGCGUCGGACGGACACAAGGACUGGCUGAGCAAAGGCAAAACGGUCCGGGACCUGAUGGCGCUGCACGCCUUCGACGGCCGCUUCAAGAAGGAGCACGCGGCCGUGCAAAGGCUGAUGGGAUACGAGAGCAGCUGCGCCUCUCCCAAAGCAGACAGAGGGAAACACCCUCGUAGCGUGAAGAGGAAAGCAUCUCCAGAGCCGGACGGUGAAGGCAGCGUCCCUAAGAUACAUGGCGGUGAGGGGCAGCCGUGGCUCACCUCCCCCUCUGAGGUCCUAAAGAUUCCACCGGCCGCCCUGCCCGGCUUCUCCGCUGCCCCUCCCUCCAUCAUCUCUCCUCACUCCCACACCACACCCCCAGAGGCUGCGACGGCUCAGAACGGCCAGUCCCCCAUGGCGGCACUUAUACUCGCAACUGACAACGCGGGCAGCACAGGCUCACCAAAGGACACCAACCAGGUUCACUCCAUCACGGCACGUGCACGGAGGAACAGCAGCAGCCCCUUAUCGCCAUCCUCUGCUUCUCGGAGGCUUUCCCAGAGGGAUGGUGGCACCAACCCCCCUGGCUCACACACCUCUGGCAGCAUGGACCCCCACAUGGCGCACCAACAGAACAUUCCGGACUCAUCAGUGCCACCUGGCAGUGUGCCGUUGUGCUGCACCCUGUGCCACGAGCGGCUGGAGGACACUCACUUUGUCCAGUGCCCAUCGGUGCCGUCACACAAGUUCUGCUUCCCGUGCUCCAGGGAGAGCAUCAAGCAGCAGGGCGCCAAUGGCGAGGUAUACUGCCCCAGCAGCGAGCGGUGCCCGCUGGUUGGCUCCAACGUGCCCUGGGCCUUCAUGCAGGGUGAAAUAGCCACCAUCUUGGCUGGAGACAUAAAGGUCAAAAAGGAGCGGGACCCUUGAAGUCUUCCGUUUUGUAACAGACUGAACAUGUGACCCCACAGAAGUAAAGCCGUCCCCCUCCAACCUGACGGCGUGUACAUAACGGGCACGUGGGCACAUCAGAGCUUCAUAAUCACCACCGUAUUUUUAUUUUUUAAUUAUUGUUUGUGUCUCUGUGUUUUGAAGGUCUGUACCCGUCGGCACCGUCUCGCCUGCCACGCUGAGUUGGUGGGUGUCUGGCGAGGGUUCAGACGGAGAAUGUGACUAAUCUGAGCACUUGGCUUAGAGACUUUAUAGAAAACUUCUUCUCGCUGUACAUGUGCGCACUUGUUUAAGGAACUCGCUGCCAAAUACACUUUCAGAUGUUGUAAUAAUGCUCUGGUGUGUCUGUGGUUUGAUUCUUUGCCGUCGGUGCCGAGCCAGAAGGUGAUCCGCUCUAAUGCGACCUACAGGAACCCACCUGCUUCCCAGGAAGUGAGGAGGAGAGGUGCGCAGAGAGGAAGUGUGUUUUCAGUCAGACAGAACGGCAUUGCCUUAACAUAACAGUAAAUUGCGAGUAGGCGGGUCGAGGUCGCUCCGUGUGCGAGGAGAUAAGGCGAGCGGCGGGAUCAGAGAGGGCUAAAAAUAGAUGCUGCUGUGGCUUCAAAGCGACGCCUGCUGUGGUUUAAUGUGAGCGCAGGGCUGCGGUCUGGGGCUGUUUUUGGAUUAGCCUGACCCAUGUUGGCUGUACACCCUGAUUCCAGGGGAAAAUGCCGAGGAGACGUGAGGUCAUCAGAGUUAUGAGCCGAGCCAGCGUCACUGCUUUUUCCACAGAAGUCUGACUUUAAAUCCUGGUGGGUGCUCCGGGGAACCGUUCCAACCGGCUCAGCUGGCGUGUUGGAUCAAGAACAAAGGCUGAAUUACUGUUGACUCGUUUUCACUUUGUGUUUUGGCUGAUCAGGUUUUUAGGAAAUGUUAGAACUGAUGACAUCAUGUUGAUGAUCCAGCAGUUUGGAUUAUCAAAGAAUGCAGCUUGAAGU